AUGAUUCCCGUGGUCGUCGGCUUUGCUCUUAUCGUAUCAUGGAUCAUUGCCUUAGUCCAUCGCAACUACAAUUCCAGCUUAAACGACAUCCCCAAUGCUCAUUUCUCCGUUCCAUAUACACGCCUAUGGUUGCUGUCACUCCGAUGGCGAAACAUGGAGCAUCGUACCCGAAUUCAUCUCCAUCGUCGUCUCGGUCCAGUCAUUCGAAUUGGACCCCAUGAUGUGAGUGUAAACUGCAUCGAUGACGGAGUUCGCACAAUUUAUAGCAGCAAAUUCGACAAAGAUGUGACUUUCUACCAUGAAUUGUUCGAUCAGACCGGUUUCAUGGUCACCAUGACAGGUAACGAGGAGCACAGGGAGCGUAAACGUAUGCUUACCCGCCCUUAUUCCAAUUCGCAUAUUCUCAUCUCUCGGACCCUCAACAGUGUCCUCGCUCGCGUAUCGUGUCGCCUGAAAGAAGAGAUAGCAGGAUGGGCAAGCACGGGUACCUCUGUCGAUGUCUAUCAGCAGGCUAAAUGCUGUACCCUUGACGUUGCUUCCGGCUGGCUCUUUGGUAGCGAGAAUGCGACUGACACUUUACGAGACCCGAGCUUCGAGAACGACCUCACAAAUUUGGCCUACGCUGCUUCCAAGAUAGUUUCUGUGCGAACCAGCCUCGGCUGGCCGAUGACCUAUUUUGCUAGUUGGAUUGGCAACAAGCUGCCCGAUCCCAACAUCACUGGUCGAUGGCAAGCGUGGCUCACACAAGUAGUCACAAAUUCCUACAGGAAGCACUCCACCAAGUCUUCUUCCACCGCGAGCCUGUACGACCAUUUUUACGAUUCGUUCAAAGCCGCCAAUCCCAACAUGCCGCGUAACGAAAUGGCUUCUUUCAUCGCUGUGGAGUGCGACGACCAUCUUUCGGCAAGCCACCUUGGCCUGGGAACUUUAUUAUCAUAUACCAUGUACGAGCUAUCACGAGAUCCGGACAGCCAGCGAGCACUCCGGAACGAGCUCCUCACUCUGGCCGAACCUAGCGAUCGAAGCUUGGCCAAUCGCCUUGCAGAUUUACCGAUGCUUGAUGCCGUGGUUACCGAGACCAUGCGAACUCGUGCACCCUGCCCUGGCCCCUUUCCUCGUGUCGUGCCGGACUCUGGCUGCCGGCUCGCGGGGAAGUUUGAUAUCCCCGGCGGCACUAUCGUCAGCUCCUCCGCCUGGGCCCUGCACUUCAAUCCCGUCCCCUUUCCAUCUCCGGAAGAAUGGCGACCGAGAAGGUGGCUUGAAUCAGACGAGGCUGCGGUCGCGGAGAUGCGAAGGUGGAUUUGGACAUUUGGAAGCGGCGCGCGUAUGUGCAUUGGCACUCAUUAUUCCAUGCGUGGUAGGUCGCAUCCCUUCACUAUUCCGUGA